ACGGUCAAUAUCUAGACACAUUACUGACAAACUCAAACCCAAUCAUCAAAAUGCCUUCAAGCCAAAGAAUCAUGACGCCUCAAACCAGGAAGACAGGAAUGAAAAUCAAAGCGAGAAAUACUCCUGUUGAAAAGCUUCCAGUUUAUGAGCCGAACAUCCCAGAGCCGACGUCCCGAGAGGAGCUGCUGAAAUACUGGUUCAAUAUUUCAUUGGACGAACGAACUGCCAAUAAAGUGCUGUGGCUCACAGAGGGCGGGGCUAAAGUGAUCCGCUUGACAGAUGAGGUGUGUCCUUGCCUGGACAGACAACAGAGAUUUGACUACAACCCUCAGGUGCUGUGUAAGGAGUCUAUCUGGGCGUCGCGCUGUUAUUGGGAGGUGGAGUACUCCGGCUGGGUGGUUAUAGGGGCGACGUAUGAGGGUGCCGGGAGGAGGGCCGGCGACGGGACCUGUGGCCUCGGGGAGAACGAGGAGUCGUGGGGUCUGGGUUGGGCCGGGUCCUGCUAUGACGCCUGGCAUAAAGGAAUCAACCGCAGGGUGGAGGGCUCUCAUCAGUGCAGCACUAUAGGUGUCUAUGUGGAUCAGCCCGCAGGCCUGCUCUGCUUCUACGCCGUGGAGACAGACGAAGAGUCAAAGAAGAAAGAAGCGAAACUUAUUCACAGGUUUAAGAAUCCCAUAAAGGAGAAAACUCUGCCGGGCUUCUGGUUGGGAAUACAGUCCUCUUGUUUAAUACUCAAGAAAGAGGAAUGAGCUGAACGGGAACACAAAA